AUGGAUCAAAUUGCAUUCACACCUUCAUCAUUAAUAUCAAGCAGAGGAAUACUGCACAUGAUUGAGAUAGUGUUAAGUGCUUUGGAUGCUGGUCUGCUUAAUCUCAAUUACCAUCCUAGUCACACCUAUUGGGUCUGGUGCAUGUUCACCUGGGUCUUCUGCACUUUAAUGACUUUGAUCAUCACUGUCAUCGAGCUGUUCAAGAUUGAUCUUCUCCUGACGUUUUUUAGAAUAAUGGAUUGGGACGAUUUUGCUGUCGGUAUGGCCAUGACAAUGACCCUCAUGGUCUUUUCAACUGCUGUCAUCUACCCGGUGUUCUACGCUUGCUCACGUUGCUACUUGUCAUGGGUGAUUUCUGUCAUAUCCUGGCUGAUCCUCAUCGCAUAUGCUAUAGAGGCAGUGAAAGGGAAAAUGAGCAAAAAAGGCAGCUAUCUAUCCAUCCUGCCGGGCUUCAUCAAGGUUCUGGAGGCCUUUGUGACCUGCAUCAUCUUCAUCUCCCUCACCGGAUAUGUGGGAAAGCCAGGGCUAUACUGGUGCAUUUUGGUCUACAUCAUCCCAUUCCCUGUGACUCUGCUCGUCAUUGUAAUAAACGUUCUUCAGCUGCUGAAAAAGUGUAUACCGUUUGACCUGAACAAGUACAUGUUUUUCCUCCUUUUAGUGUUUGUGCUGCUGUAUGUCACUGCAGCCAUCAUCUGGCCGAUCUAUAGCUUCCGAGGUAAUCCCCGUCCUGCAGACUGCCCUCCCAACUUCUGCAUCUGGAGUAUCCUCUUUGUUGUCACCUUUAUGACGUAUGUCAAUCUCAUUCUUUACAUAGUGGACUGCAUUUUCACAAAGCUUAAGAUAUGUGGGUUUUAA